UAACUUUUAGUCAUUGGCUGAAUACCAUACAUCUCCUCAUGUCGUCUUCCCUGAAAACGAAGGCUUCAAUAUGACCACAACUUAUAAAGUUAUAAUUAACCUUUGAUUCCGUUUAUAGUCAAACCUGCAAAUAUCAAUUAACCGCCCAAAUGCUCAUAAUUCAUAUCUUCACUUAGUAAUAACCAACACCCUUUGAUCAACUCGAUCUCACGAUCUCUCAUUCUCCUCCUGCUAAUUAUUGUCGAAUUCGGGGAGAAGAUGAGUUCGUUGUUUGUUAAGGGGAUGAUUCUAAAAUCAGCUGAUGAGUCGUGUUUACCGACGAGAUUGAAACAACGGCGGACGGGUGAUCACCAGAGAUUAAACCACCACCACCGUCAACCGCGUUUUAUACGGUGGGUUUCUGGCGGGAUAGAAGCACACACCAGUGGUGGUUCGGUUCCAAUUCGAGCGGUUCUUAAUCCAGUGUCUCCUCCGGUGGUAACGACUAAAAAGAGAGUAUUCACUUUUGGCAAAGGAAGAAGUGAUGGUAACAAGGACAUGAAAUCCUUGUUGGGAGGAAAAGGAGCAAACCUUGCUGAGAUGGCAAGCAUUGGUCUAUCAGUUCCUCCUGGGCUCACUAUUUCAACUGAAGCAUGUGAUGAAUAUCAACAAAGUGGAAAAAAACUGCCUCCUGGUUUGUGGGAUGAGAUUUUGGAAGGCUUACAGUUUGUCCAGAAAGAGAUGGGUGCAUCUCUCGGCGACCCGUCUAAGCCUCUCCUCCUUUCCGUCCGUUCAGGCGCUGCGAUAUCGAUGCCUGGUAUGAUGGACACCGUAUUGAAUCUUGGGCUUAACGACGAGGUCGUGGCUGGUCUAGCCGGCAAAAGUGGAGCGCGUUUUGCCUACGACUCAUAUAGAAGGUUUCUAGAUAUGUUUGGCAAUGUUGUCAUGGGUAUCCCACAUGCAUUAUUUGAGGAAAAGUUAGAACAGUUGAAAGCUGAAAAAGGGGUUCACCUCGACACCGGCCUCACUGCUGCUGAUCUUAAAGAUCUUGUUGAGCAAUACAAGGACGUGUAUGUCGAAGCAAAGGGUGAAAAGUUUCCUACAGAUCCAAAGAAACAGCUCGAGUUGGCGGUGAAUGCGGUUUUUGAUUCGUGGGACAGCCCGAGGGCCAAUAAGUACAGGAGUAUUAACCAGAUAACUGGGUUAAAGGGGACCGCGGUUAACAUUCAAUGCAUGGUGUUUGGCAACAUGGGGGACACUUCAGGAACCGGUGUUCUUUUCACUAGGAAUCCAAGCACGGGUGAAAAAAAGCUUUAUGGGGAGUUUUUGAUCAAUGCUCAGGGAGAGGAUGUUGUUGCUGGGAUCAGGACACCACAAGAUUUGGUGACCAUGGAGACUUGCAUGCCGGACGCAUACAGAGAGCUUGUGGAGAACUGUGAGAUCUUAGAGAGACACUAUAAAGAUAUGAUGGAUAUCGAAUUCACAGUUCAAGAAAACAGACUUUGGAUGUUGCAAUGCCGGACAGGGAAACGUACCGGCAAAGGUGCAGUGACAAUUGCGGUAGAAAUGGUGAAUGAAGGGUUAAUUGAUACAAAAACGGCAAUUAAGAGGGUUGAAACUCAACAUCUAGAUCAACUUCUUCAUCCACAGUUUGAUGAUCCAUCAGCUUACAAAAGCCAAGUGGUAGCAACCGGUUUGCCGGCAUCCCCCGGGGCAGCAGUGGGGCAGGUUGUUUUUAGUGCAGAGGAUGCAGAAACAUGGCAUGCACAAGGAAAGAGUGCCAUUUUGGUAAGGACCGAAACCAGCCCAGAAGAUGUUGGUGGUAUGCAUGCAGCAACGGGAAUCUUAACAGCUAGAGGAGGAAUGACAUCGCAUGCAGCAGUGGUGGCCCGUGGGUGGGGGAAGUGUUGCGUUUCUGGUUGUGCUGAUAUUCGUGUGAAUGAUGACCAGAAGGUUCUUACGGUAGGUGACCAUGUGAUUAGAGAAGGUGAAUGGAUUUCACUUAAUGGUUCAACCGGUGAAGUUAUAUUGGGUAAACAGCAACUGGCUCCACCCGCGAUGAGCCCUGAUUUAGAAAUAUUUAUGUCGUGGGCUGAUCAAGUAAGACGUCUCAAGGUAAUGGCAAAUGCAGACACACCUAAUGAUGCUUUAACGGCUAGAAACAAUGGUGCACAAGGGAUUGGACUUUGUAGGACUGAGCAUAUGUUUUUCGCUUCCGAUGAGAGGAUAAAAGCUGUAAGAAAAAUGAUCAUGGCCGUCACUCUGGAGCAAAGAAAAGCAGCUCUGGACCUCUUACUGCCUUACCAAAGAUCUGAUUUCGAGGGCAUUUUCCGAGCAAUGGAUGGACUUCCGGUGACGAUCCGCCUUUUAGACCCUCCCCUUCAUGAAUUUCUACCCGAAGGUGAUCUAGAUCACAUAGUGAGUGAACUUACAGUGGAUACAGGCAUGACCGAGGAUGAAAUUUAUUCGAGGAUCGAAAAACUAUCCGAAGUGAACCCAAUGCUUGGUUUUCGCGGCUGCAGGCUUGGGAUUUCAUAUCCGGAGCUAACGGAGAUGCAGGCUCGUGCAAUCUUUCAAGCUGCUGUGUCUAUGACCAACCAGGGCCAUACAGUUAUUCCGGAGAUCAUGGUUCCAUUAGUCGGAACACCUCAGGAACUGCGACAUCAAAUUAGUCUCAUUCGCGGUGUAGCAACGAAUGUUUUUGCUGAAAUGGGGUUGACAUUGGAGUAUAAGGUGGGCACCAUGAUUGAGAUUCCUCGAGCUGCGCUAAUCGCCGAUGAGAUCGCAAAAGAAGCUGAGUUCUUUUCGUUCGGAACCAACGAUCUCACACAGAUGACGUUCGGGUACAGUAGAGAUGAUGUUGGCAAGUUUCUACAAAUUUAUCUUUCCCAAGGCAUUUUACAACAUGAUCCAUUUGAGGUUCUUGACCAAAAAGGGGUGGGUCAAUUGAUCAAGAUGGCUACUGAGAAGGGCCGUGCGGCCAAUCCUAAGUUAAAGGUUGGGAUAUGCGGGGAGCAUGGUGGGGAGCCUUCUUCUGUUGCAUUUUUUGACGAAGUUGGACUAGAUUACGUGUCCUGUUCUCCAUUUAGGGUUCCUAUUGCAAGGCUAGCUGCUGCACAAGUUGCUGUUUAAGCUUCAAAAGGCGGAUGGCUUACGCACUUCACAUUCACGUCAUUGUAUAUAAAUAAUUCUGGGUCUCGACCCUAGUGUAAUGGCGAAAAUGAACGCAGUUUAGACGAAAUAACCACUUAUAUCUUGGUUUCAUUUGGUAGACAAGAAUUUACUUUUCAUACACAAACAAUGCAUUGAGUUCCAUAUAUUUUGAA